AUGUUGGCAAGGUCUUGCCUGCGCUCUAUGCGCAUUUUCAACGGCGCCAGAAAUGGCGCGACCGCCUUCACUAAGCGGUCCAUCUCCACAUCUGGUGCCGGAGCCGAAUCCCCUCUGAAACUGAAUGUAACCGCCGCCGCUUCCACAGCUCUCGCUAUCGGAUCCGUGGCAUGGUACUACCAUCUCUAUGGAUCUACCGCGCACGCCAUGACGCCCGCCGAGGAAGGUCUGCACCCGACGGCAUACCCCUGGGUUCACCAGCAGUGGUUCAAGACUUUUGAUCACCAAGCACUUCGUCGAGGUUUCCAAGUCUACCAAGAAGUUUGCGCGGCAUGCCAUUCACUUAGCCGAGUUCCUUACCGAGCACUUGUUGGAACUGUCCUAACUGUAGAUGAGGCGAAGGAAUUGGCGGAACAGAACGAGUACGACACCGAGCCCAACGAUGAGGGUGAAAUCGAGAAGCGACCCGGAAAGCUUUCGGAUUACAUCCCGGCCCCGUACAAGAACGACGAGGCUGCUCGAGCUGCCAACAAUGGUGCCCUUCCUCCCGAUCUAAGCUUAAUUGUCAAGGGCCGACACGGUGGCUGUGACUACAUUUUCAGCUUACUGACUGGAUACCCCGACGAGCCGCCGGCGGGUGCUCAGGUCGGCGCCGGUCUCAACUUCAACCCUUACUUCCCGGGCACCGGUAUUGCUAUGGCCCGUGUCCUAUACGAUGGUCUUGUGGAGUAUGAGGAUGAGACCCCUGCGUCUACCUCGCAGAUGGCCAAGGAUGUGACCGAGUUUUUGAACUGGGCGGCGGAACCUGAGAUGGAUGACCGAAAACGAAUGGGCAUGAAGGUGUUGACUGUUACCGCAGUCCUAUUCGCUCUAAGUGUCUGGGUUAAGCGAUACAAGUGGGCGACGCUCAAGUCGAGGAAGAUCGCCUACGACCCACCAAAGGCAACCGACAAGGUCCGCUCGUAA